UCUACCAUCCCAUCAUGACGUCCAUUGCGCGCUCCGUUUCUCUGUUUAAGCGCUUUCAAAUCGCGCGAGACGUCCAACUGAUCAGCAUCAUUCGUAAAAUGUCUACAAAAAUUCUAGACAUCGACACUCCAAUCGUGCCUCUUACCGACGCUCACCGCUUUAUUAGUGAUUGUAUGGUAGCUGUGGGAACCCCCAAAAAGUAUGCGGACAUUUUAGCCGACAAUCUCACCGCGGCGGACUAUCGGGGACAUUAUAGUCAUGGGAUGAAUCGCUUAGACAUGUACGUCAGAGACGUCCAAGGGGGGCUUUGUGACUGCAAAGCCACCCCUUCUGUAAUCAAAGAAACGCCCGCCACGGCCUGGGUCACCGGGAACAAUGGUCUGGGGGCGGUGGUGGGCGAAUUCUGCAUGGAACUGGCCAUCAAAAAGGCGAAAAGUGUCGGAAUUGGGAUGGUAGUGGCCAAAGAGUCGAAUCAUUACGGUAUUGCUGGUAAGUAUAGCUUGCAAGCGAUCGACCAGGGGGUCCUGGGCAUGAGUUUUACGAAUACUUCGCCUUUAAUGGCCCCGACUCGAGCCAAGGGCUCGGCUUUGGGAACGAAUCCGCUGUCCCUGGGGGCCCCCGCUGCCGGCGGGGACUCUUUCGUGCUGGACAUGGCAACAACGGCUGUCGCAGUUGGAAAGAUCGAGUUUCAAAAACGCAAGGGCCAGCCGAUCCCCGAAGGAUGGGCCCAAGACGCCCACGGCAAAAUCACAACCGAUCCUUCAGUCGCCUACGACGCUAAGCGGUUAAUGCCGCUGGGAGGGUCCGAAAUUAAUUCGGGAUACAAGGGGUACGGUUUGGCGGCGCUGGUGGAAAUAUUCUCUGGGAUGCUCGGGGGUAGCGCCUAUGGUCCCAAUAUCCGCAAAUGGGGCGAUUCGAGCAAGAAGGCCGACUUGGGGCAAUGCUUCAUCGCAAUCGAUCCCGAAUGUUUCGCUCCAGGGUUUCAAGGCCGGUUAGGUGAUUUGUUGUGCACCUUGAGGAGCAUGCAGCCGGCGGAUCCUGCCAAACCUGUUCUGGUCGCUGGGGACCCGGAGAGGCUGCACAUGGAGGACGCGGAUAGGGCGGGAGGGGUGAGAUAUGUGGAGGAUCAGCUGAACACAUGCCGGGAGUUGGCUAAGAAGUUGCAUGUCAAGCCUUUGGUGCCAGCUUGAGGACAAAGAUCUGAUUUUUGAUUUCUGGACUGAGUGAACAUUUCGUGAUUUAGGAUGGCUGUUGAUUGCUGCAAAAUGUUAAAGUUAUGUUACUUACGACGUUUUUUAUUAAUAAAUGUUUUUUAUGCGUUUUAAA